CAUGUGGUCAACAUACGAACGCAUUGCAAACCUGUAUGAGGAGGAUGAAGCGGAGCUCCCGGGACAAACAGACUGGGCAGAGAGCGUUCCUUCGAGCAGCCAGUCACACUCUGAUCAAGCCAGUCAGUCCACUGCCGCUCGCCAAGCUGAUGCUGGCCAUGAGCAUCACGCUGCUGAUGGAAGUUGUUGUACUUUCCUAUCCACUUCACCACUACUGAAAGUUUUGUCAGAAAUUUCUGACUUUCGAAGGUUCAGCCGAAGCAUGGAACGGUGCAUCAGCCGCCUUAAACGUGAGGACUUUGCCCAAGCCGUUGCAAUACUGAUUGACCCAGAAUACAGCAACGAUUUCAAAGACGACAUGCAAGACUUUAUCGUGAGAAACGACCUUGGCACCACUAACAUACCGGAUAAUAUGCAAGGUGUUAUCAGGUGGGCCGUGGACCAAGCUGCAACGCGUGAAAUCACCCUGGCCGAGUUGAAGAAGAUUGCGCUAGACCUGAAUCCCGAAAAGAAGAAAAGGAUUGAGAAAACAUUCCAUGUUGAAACAUGGUGAGGCGUCAUCUUGAAGCUGCCCUGCCCAGCGGUGGCCUCUAUUCGUUCCUGGCUUGACUGUCAACUGUCUAUAUUCUACUGGUAGUGAGUCGCUCGACAGCAGAACACCUCAAGCAUCUGAAGACCAUCUUCCAUCACUUGGCAGAGUAUGGUCUGGUGGUCAUUGCAAGCAAGUGUGUCUUCAUGCAGCCCUCCGUGACAUUCCUGGGUCACAAUGUCAAAGCCACUGCCCGCGGUGGCAUUGAGACACUGGCAGAGAAGGUCAAGGCCAUGGUGGACUACCCUGCUCCAGACACUCACUCUGCUCUCUACCUCGCUUUCUGGGUUUAGUAAAUCUCUACCGACGCUUCAUCCCGGAUUGUGCAUGCAUUCUUGAGCCGCUCUCGGAUUUGUUAGCAGGCCCUCAAUCUCCCACGAAUCUUUGUCGCGAACGUAGCAAAAAAAUACAUAAAAAUAAAUUCGGAAUAACUCAUUUCUAUUUUGCAUUACAUGACGAUGAUUAACAUUAGUGUUUUCGUAUAUACCCUGACAAUGAUUGUGCUCUCUUACUCUCUCUCUUACAUUGUGGCUGAUUCCACGCUUGGGUUAGCAGAAUUCUGGUUCCCUAUCUUCAUUUCUAAGGAUUGACUCCAUUCCACUUCAAAGUAGCUUCGGAAGUAGUCUUCGUUUCUCUAGUCUUUGCAUUUCGUUCUGAAACAAAUUCUUCGUUAUGUUUUCGUACCGUGAGUAAAGUCACGCGCUCUUGAUUUGUUUUGCUCGAGCGUGACUUUCCUUUCUUUCUUUUUUUGUUAUGCAUGACCCUGAUAACGUAUUGGUAUGAUGUAUAUGUGCACGUGAUCACUUGCCUCCGUGACUACGUGAUCACUAACUACAGCCAGUACCAGGCUAGUGUACUUUAGCUGUAGGCUAGUGCACUUUAGCGAUUUGCUCUCCUUACUGCUACUUCUUCUGCGUUUCUAUUUUGUCGCUUCACUAGUUCCUUUUUCCACCAUUCCACGUCAAUGAAAGUUGUGGUCGCCAUUUUAAUGCAUGAUCUUUGUGCACAGAUGCCUGUAGAUGCAGCUGCCCUGUUUCCGUUCCAUUUGGAUCUUUAUUGAGAAAGAAACUUUCCUAAUCAUAAAUGAAGAAACGUUGUUUGUAAAUUUGUUCCUUGGCUCACCGUCUGAGUUCUUAAAGCUAUUAUUCAUUUUCUGCUGCCCCCGGUUAU